CGUCUCCAGAAGCAUGUCCCCAGACAUGCAGCCGCGGUGCGAUGAAGCGGACCGAGAGACACCACCAGCAUGACCGCAUGAAAGCAGUGGCCAUGGCGAUUAACCAUGAAGCUGGAGCCUAACAUCCCCAUCGCUUCCCUCUGUCAAAAAAAGCCUCUGCGGUGCUACAUCGAACACACACUCUCUGAAUAUGCCAUCCGAGUGCGGGAGAGCCGGACGGACUGCUUAGCACCUGCUGUGCCAUCUGAGUAGGAGGUGGCAACAAAAGACCAAAUGCCAUGGAUGUAUUCAAUUUCACCUACUGGAAUGCCUCUGAAGGCAAUGAGACAGAAGUCGUGAAAGAGAGCGAGAGCGCCUACAAGACCGUGGAGGUGGUGUUCAUCGUGCUGGUGGCCGGCUCCCUCAGUUUGGUUACUGUCAUUGGAAAUAUCCUGGUCAUGCUUUCCAUCAAAGUUAAUCGGAACUUACAGACCGUCAACAACUAUUUUUUAUUCAGUCUCGCAUGCGCUGACCUGAUCAUCGGACUGUGCUCCAUGAACUUGUACACAGUCUACAUAGUAAUAGGCUACUGGCCCCUGGGGCCCGUGGUGUGCGAUCUGUGGUUGGCCUUGGACUAUGUUGUCAGCAAUGCGUCUGUCAUGAAUCUCCUCAUCAUAAGCUUUGACAGAUAUUUCUGUGUCACCAAGCCCCUCAGCUACCCUGUCAAAAGGACCACCAAGAUGGCAGGAAUGAUGAUCGCUGCAGCCUGGGUCCUGUCGUUCGUCCUCUGGGCGCCCGCCAUUCUCUUCUGGCAGUUCAUCGUUGGUGGGCGGACGGUUCCGGAGAAAGAGUGCUACAUCCAGUUCUUCUCAAAUGCCGCCGUCACGUUUGGCACGGCCAUUGCUGCCUUUUACCUGCCUGUCAUCAUCAUGAUUCACCUCUACUUGCAGAUCUCCAGAGCAAGCAAGAGUCGUGUGAAGAAGGAUACCCGCAAGCCAUCAGCAGCCAACCCCGAACCCCUGUCACCUGCCCAGAGGAGGAACAACACGCCAAAACCCAACAACAACAACGUACAAGGGGAGGAUGCGGAGCGUUCCCAGACCCAGAAUGCUGACGCUGGGGCCCACGAGCAUGAUGGGAAACUGCAAAAUGGUAAAGGACCCUCCUCAAAUGCCGAGGGAGAAACCGAAGGUGAUGAGGUGGCAAGAGAGAAUUGUGCUCCUGGAGAAGAGAAGGAGAGCUCCAACGACUCCACAUCCGGGAGCGCAGCUGCAUCCAAUCAGAGGGAUGAGGAGGCGGUGCCGUCCACAGCCAACUCCAGCCUCGAGACGAGUCAACCACCCCCACGUCAGCGAGCCAAGGCGGGGGCUUCCAAGCUGACAUGCAUCAAGAUCAAGACCAAAUCACCCAAGAGUGACUGCUACACACCGUCCAACGCCACCGUCGAGAUCGUACCAGCCUCCGAGCGCCAGAAUCAUGUGGCGCGAAAGAUCGUGAAGAUGACGAAGCAGCCUCCCAACAAGAAGAAGAAAGCGGCGCCGUCACGGGAGAAAAAAGUGACCCGCACCAUCAUGGCCAUCCUGGUCGCUUUCGUAGCCACCUGGACUCCUUAUAAUGUGAUGGUGCUCAUCAACACCUUCUGCUCCAGCUGCAUCCCCAACACAGUGUGGACUAUCGGUUACUGGCUGUGCUACAUCAACAGCACCAUCAACCCGGCCUGCUACGCUCUGUGCAACGCAACGUUCAAAAAGACAUUCAAACACCUUCUCCUCUGCCAAUACAAGAAUAUUAGGUCAGCCAGAUAAACAUGGGCCACAUUGGAAGAGUUGUGUGUGUGAAGGUGUGUGUGUGUGUGUGUCCAUCCCAUCCAUGUUUAUGUGCGUCUGUUAAUGGAGUUUGUGCGCAUGACGAAGAGUAUCUUUAAAAUUACUUUCCACCAUUUUAUCUUUCGUUCACCACUUUCUCUCUCAAUAACUGGUUGUAGCACUCAACACAAAUUCAACUGACGGCAGUUGCAUUGAGAUGUGUUGUGCAGAAGCAGCGUAGAUGAAGACGGUUGUGUGGGAAAGAAGAAGUUUUAAACUCCACAACAACGAGGGUGUGUAUAGCAGAGAGCGCUCGGGGGUGACGCUGUAAAAGGGAUUUAAAAAGAUAAAAAAGCGGAGGGAGAUCUAUGCCGUACAAAAACAUGAAAACUUCAAAAAUGGGAAAAUAGGGCUGACUGAAUUUACAAACCUCAAAAGUUUGAGCUUCAGUGAAGAUACCUGUAGAUAACUGUACAUAUCAGUGUAUACUCUGUGUGUGUGUGUGCACGUGUGGGUGUGUGCUGGCUCUGAGUACAUGCGUGCAUACGUGCGCGCCCCUCUGCCUGCUUCCUUUCUGUGCGUCUGUGAUCACCAUCAUCACCCCGACACGUCCAACCAGCAGCAGGGAGAAUAAUUACGAGGCAGCUUGUGCAGUUUGGCCUCCGACUCGGUCACAUUAAGUCUCGGAGCCAAAAAGUUACCAUCGACACGCAGCGGAUAUAUAAAUCUAUGAGAGCAGCACUUGUCAGCUUUGCACAGCGGUGGGACGAACAGCGAGAGAUGAAUUUAAAUUUAAAGUGUGUGCCAAAUUACCCAAAAAUGACAAAAUCUGUAUCUCCUCACGUACUCCUGCAGACAGAUAAAGAGAAAUGUUUUGACCAGGUUUUAAAAAAUGGCUCAAAAGUCGAGGGGAAUGCAAUUUUGUUUGUGCUCACAGAUUUGAAAAUAUGACAUUUAGAAAAAAAUUCAACAGCACAAACAGGGUCCUGGUUACAUAACCUCACUGAGCACAUGUAUUGCCACAACCUUCCAAACAAGCUGUGGACAGUGAGAAAGUUUUUUAUUAAGUGUGAUCAUAAAUUUGAAUUUAACUUGCACGCAGGAUAUUGAUCCAAAUUUUGCAGAACAGUUUUUAUUAAUAGGGUAAAGAUGAUGAAGAUACCAUCAGAUGAGCCCUGGUUUUAUUCCCAGCGUUAAAGAGUAGAACCAUUACUCACUCUCUUCCUAAGACUUAGAUGAGAGGAUUGAUACCUCACAUGACCAUAACCAUGAAGCUUGGACCUGGAGGCUGUUAGCUUAGCUUAGCAUAGAGACUGAGGGCAACGGCCACAUCUGCUCCAGCAAACGGUUUAAAUCAGAGUCAAAAAUCGACCUGCCAGCACCGAAAUCUCACAAAUGAACACAUCUCACUUGUUUAACCUGCAGCACAUCAUCACAGAGAAUAACCUGAAAUCUUUAACGACUAAAACGGCAACAGCCCGCUGAAUGAAACCACAUUUAAAUUUACAUGAUCCACAUUAGUUUUUCUGGGCUCUGCACCAAAUUACACUCACUCCUCUAAAUAUGCCUGAUUUUUUUUUUCCAUAAAGAUCCAUGAAUUAUUCAGAGAAAUCAAGGAAAACGUUGAAGAAAGCAAACUCAUAUUUAAAAACCAUCAUCCUUUCACAAAGUUUUGUGGAACUGGAGUUUUCGUGUAAUCCCGCAGAGACAGAGAUGAAAACAUAUUCAAAUGUGGAUUGUUCAGUGUCACUCUUUCCUCUGCACAGCGUCACUUCAGCUGGAACGACCGCUGACAGGACGUCUGUCUGUGUCACGGCGGCCAUUAGGACAUUUUGCUGUCCAGUGAGAGGAACCGUCAGUGAAGCAGGGAAACAGGUGGUCGGAGCUCGGAGCUGUGGGAAGGCCUUGUUUUUUAAUUUCUCUUUUUUGGUGUGUGUGUGUGUGGCUUAGUGAAGGAUGUGAUUUAAUCCUGGUGAUUAGUGGAGUGAUGCCACAGUGUGUAAUGAUGAAGACUGAUGGUGUG